CGUAUUAUACGAAAUAUCGUAUUUUAUGAAGUUACAUAACGCGUAAACCGCACUUGUUAAAUAUUCUGUUUACCGUUUAGCUAUUUUCAAGAAUGCGCAUCAUUUAUCUGUCAAAACGACCGUGUCGAUUUUGGACAAAGGUUUGGAGUCGCAAUAUCUGUUUAUCGCGUAAAAUGUCUGCAAAUUCACCUCCCGGAAAAAGUGACGAUGAUGGCACUCAGGACAGAGUCGUCCCGCCAAUUCCGAUUCCGAUUCGAGACUUGGAAGUGGAUUCAAUUCGAAGAUUUUUAGCUUCAAAGCUCGGUUUCUAUGAACCGCCAGAACUUACUGAAUCAAACGUAGAAAAGGUUUUAGAUGAAGUAAGUUUGGAUGGCGUUGCAAAAUGGAUAAAAAACAUACGAUGCCGAAACAUUAUAACUUUAGCCGGAGCUGGAAUAUCAACAUCUGCCGGAAUACCUGAUUUUCGAAGUCCGCACACAGGAUUGUACCACAAUUUGCAGAAAUAUAACUUACCUGAGCCCCAGGCCAUUUUCGAAAUUAACUUCUUUCGACAAAACCCGAAGCCAUUCUUCACAUUGGCUAAAGAACUAUUUCCCGGAAAAUUUAAACCUACUAUAUCUCAUUAUUUUAUAAGACUUUUACAUGAAAAGGGUCUCCUGCUCCGCCACUAUACACAAAAUAUAGAUACACUAGAGAGGGGCGCCGGUAUCCCAGAAGAGAAAAUAGUUGAGGCACAUGGUACUUUCUAUAAAUCACAUUGCUUGGAAUGUCGCAAAGAAUAUUCUUUAGAAUUUAUUAAGGAUAUCAUAUUCACAGACCAGAUUCCGAUAUGCACUGAUUGUCCUGGUAUUGUUAAGCCAGAUAUAGUCUUUUUUGGUGAAAGUCUGCCGGAACGUUUCCAACACUGCUUGCAGGAAGACUUUAUGAAGUGUGACAUGCUAAUCAUAUUAGGUUCCUCUCUAGAAGUCCAGCCAUUUGCAUCAUUGAUUGAUAUGGUACCAGAUUGGUGUCCAAGGCUCCUCAUAAAUCGUGAGAAGGCUGGUGUUAAAUCUCCUUUACUAAGACUUUGGGGGCUCAUGAGUGAAGGUCUGACUCUGGAUGGAUCCUCUAUUCGGGAUAUUGCAAGACUUGGAGACUGUGAUGACGGUUGUUUGGAGCUAGCAGAUAAGCUUGGAUGGGGAGAUGAGCUUCGAGCACUGGUUGCUAGAGAACAUGAACGUCUGGAUCGGGAAGGAAACCUGGCGAAACCCCAUGCUCCUGUGCCAACUGCCAAUGAACCUAUCGCUGAACACCAUGCAGUGCCUACUGAGCCUAAGCAAUGAACAUAUUAAUGGUUAGACAUUUGCUACUGCAUUAUUUAUGCGAUUGACUAAAAAUUAUAUUAUACUAUAGUGUUGUCACAAUAGAAAAAAUAAUUUUGUUAUAAAACUUUUUUGUAACUUUAUAUUAUGUUACUUGUGUUCUCUGUCAACCACAUCGUAUCUCUAGUUUUUAUAUGUGACAACCCUAUAUUAAAAUAUAUAAAACCUUGAAGAAUUAUAAGCAAUUCCAUUAAAUAAGCUUCCAAAUAUAUUUAAAUUUCUAUGUGUUUCAGUGAUAGUAUAUAGUCUAUUCUAAUAGCAGGA